AUGACUAUCCAACUCCCCACAUAUUUUAUAGGCCACGGCGGCGUGAGUAUCCUGUUCAAGCCCGGAUACGAGCCCGUACACCGUGACCUACGCGAGAUAGGCAAGGAGAUCAAACGGAUGAACCCCGACGGGAUCGUGGUGACAUGCGGCCAUUUCCAGAGCGAGAAUGAUACGAUCCAGGUGAACCUGAAGGAACCGACGGAGGUGUGGCACGAUCUCUCUCCUGCGUGGAAGUCGACCUUUCCGCAUGUGUUCGACUAUCAAUAUGCGCAUAAAUCGUCGAGGGCGCUGGGAGAGAAGGUCCUAAGCCAUCUGAAGGCGCAGGGGAUCAAGGCCGAGGGGACUGAAAGAGAUCUCGAUCAUGGAGUAUGGGUUCCGUUUAAACUCAUGUUCCCUGAAGGAGACGAGUUGGAGAUCCCAAUUCUCGAGGUCUCGACGUAUGCAGGGAACGACCUUACUGCCCAUAUCCAGCUGGGCAGGGCUUUAUCAAAGCUUGGCGGGAACAUCCUUUUAAUUGGGUCUGGAAUGCUGAGCCAUAAUCUGGCGGCUACAAGAGAACAAAGCAUGGACACAACGAUUCCCCGGUAUCUGGAGGCAGCAUCCAGCGAGGCCCUUGCGGCCGCAACAAUCGCCGAACGCAACGAACAGUUCCUUGCCCUGCAGCGGUACGAGGGCUGGGAGGGCGCCCAUCCGACGGAAGAACAUGUGUUGCCGUUGUAUGUGACGCUGGGGGUUGGGCAGGAGAUGAAGGAGUAUAAAGUGUUCAACAAGGACCAGUAUAUUGUUGGACAGUCGUACUUUUCCUUCCGACUGGGUGCAUUGCCAUAG